AGGUGAGCAGAGCUCAGGUAAUCUGCGUCUCGAACACACUCUGAGCUUAAACACACACACACACACACACACUCUCUCUCGCUCACCACUGUGGAACGGAAUAUACUGCACACACUUGGGACUCGGACACCUCAAACCUGCAUCACACACCAAGCAGGAGCGUGAUGGCCACCAGUGAGCUAAGCCACAUCCUGAAUAACGCUAAUGCUAACCUGUACCCCAGUGAGGCGAGUUUGCCCAGCGCCAGCUUUCCUACGAUGCACCGCAACACACCGUUUAACGACACACACUACUGCAACAACAACAGUAUACACAACACUGUCGGUCCGUGGCAGCAGGUGAACCCUCAGUUCUGGAGCAGGCGUAACGUUCUGGACUGGAUCGACUUCUACGUAGAGGAGAGUAAAUACGAUGCCACGCUGCUGAACAUGGACUGCUGUAACAUGGACGGCUCAGUGCUCUGCUCGCUCAGCAGGGACGCCAUGAUGACCGCCUUCGGGCCGCAGCUCGGGGAGACGCUGUACCAGAGCCUGGAGAACCUCAAACACAAACACGUUGAUGACAUCACUCAGAACUGCAUGCUGAAUGAGACGUACGAGCUGCUGAGCAACUUCCUGUUGGACCUCCCCCAAACACAGUUCAACAACGGCCCAACACUCGACAGCGUGAUCGUCCAGAGCAUUCCUACAAGUAACAAAGACAGUGACUUCAGCUACUACAACGAGUAUAAAACACAGCUAACACCAGGGAGUGACAACGGCUACGAGUCGUAUUCAGAGAGUCUCCAGAGCUCCAUCACAGGAAGUUUCUUGAACCCAAGCUCUCCAGAAUCUGCCGGAAGUGAUUCAGAUCAAGAAUACACAGAGACACACUACUACUCACCAAAGAGCUUCAUCAAGCAGGAGCCUGUGGAGAAAAAGAGGAGAGGUCGACCUCCUAAACUGGCCCGCGGCUCCGAGCUCUUUGCGGAGAACAAAAAGAACAAGCAUGCCCCUCGCGGUACACACCUGUGGGAGUUCAUCCGCGACAUCCUCAUCCACCCGGAGAAGAACCAGGGCCUGAUGAAGUGGGAGGACCGCAGAGACGGCGUCUUCAAGUUCCUGAAGUCCGAGGCCGUGGCCCAGCUGUGGGGGCAGAAGAAGAAAAACAGCAGCAUGACUUACGAGAAACUGAGCCGAGCUAUGAGGUAUUACUACAAGAGAGAAAUCCUGGAGCGGGUGGACGGCCGGAGGCUCGUGUACAAGUUCGGGAAGAACUCCAGCGGCUGGAAGCUGGAGGAGUUGGGAAUGUGAUGGGAACGUGGAAAGACGUCAUGAAGGACUUUAGUGUAGAGGCGCGUGGUUAGCGUUAGCGUUAGCGUUAGCAUUAGCGUGAAGGCUGUUUUUUAGCUGAACUCCCAGCUCUGAGGGAGGAGCGUAACAGAGACGCUGUAAGCCUGUACUGGCUAAAGUAGGUUUUAUGAACCGAUAAUAACGUGGUGUUGUCAUUCAUGUUUAUCUUUAAAUAUUUUUCACUUUUAUUUUUUUUUCAACCCCAGCCUGUGUACUCAGUGCUGUUUCUAACACUCCUCCGUCCACUUCCCCUCUUCAUUUCCACACAAUAUCCAGAGGACUUUAAGUGCAGCUGAGCUUUCCUUUAUAAUCCUUCUGAAAACACAGAACAUUACAAAACAUCUGUUUCACUUCCAGCUUAGGAGUUUUUGCUUACUCUAUUAAACACCAGCAGAACCCAGCAGCUUUCUGUCCCGAGUAGAUGAUGGAGAUCAGGAACCACCAGGAACCUUGAGUUCCUUCACACUACAGUUCACCAGGAACUCAUGACAUCCCCUUCAGAGCCAUGUAAACCCUCUGAUUAUUGUAAAAUCUGGGUUCUCAGGAAGCUGGGAGAGUGUGUGAUUUAGGAACCGCACUGAGACACAGGAAGAGGAAACUUACAUUGUUAAAAUAAACGUUUUCAGGUUUUUGUGCCUGCUGGAAAAUAAGUGUCAAAGGUUAAUGUACAGUUUUUACAUGUUGAACUAAAUGUUUUUCUUGUUGUUUAAAUGUAGAACAAACCGAAGAGAUUAUAAUGGUAAUGAAUCAUUUUACUUUUACAUGAAGUUCCUGCAGAACGUCGUCACAUCACACUGCUUAUUAUUGUGUUUAUUCUCUUUUAUCCGGCUCCAUAACAAAUCAGGUGACAAUCAGGAUGUGUGUGUGUGUGUGUGUGUGUGCGUGUUCAGGGUAAGGGGUUUGUUCUGUUCAGAUGGUGUGUGUUGUAAUCACACACGCUGUCUCCUGUAUGAGACGUAUUUCUCAGAUUUAUAUCACAGAACCGAUAUUCACUACUGUGUAAGACAUAUUGUUCAUAUUUUAUAUACAAAUGUUUUUUAAAAAAAAUAAAGUUGAAACUUUUCUGAAA